CCCGCCCCGCCUGGGUUCCCAUUAGUUCCUGUCCUGCGUCGCCUCCUUCCCGCGCCUGCGCACUGACGCGUCCCGCGCUGCGCCGGCCCAAUAUGGCGUCGUCCGCGGCCGUCCGUAGGCUGGGCGUGCGGGCGCUGGCCUGCAGCCGGGAGCUGCCUUGCGCGUGGCGCGCCCUGCACACCUCCGCCGUCUGCGCCAAGAACCGGGCGGCGCGAGUCCGCGUGUCCAAGGGGGACAAGCCGGUGUGCUACGACGAGGCGCACGCCCCGCACUACAUCGCUCACCGCAAGGGCUGGCUGUCGCUGCACACAGGUAACCUGGAUGGAGAAGAUCACGCGGCGGAGAGAACGCUGGAGGACGUUUUCCUUCGGAAGUUUAUGCGGGGCACCUUCCCGGGCUGCCUGGCCGACAAGAUUGUUCUGAAGCGCCGGGCCAACCAACUGGAUAUCUGUGCCCUGGUUCUGAGGCAGCUGCCCCCGCACAAAUUCUACUUCCUUGUGGGCUACAGUGAGACUCUGCUGUCACACUUCUAUAAGUGUCCCGUGCGACUCCACCUUCAAACCGUGCCCUCCAAGGUCGUGUACAAGUACAUAUAAAGCGCGCCCUUUCAUCCGGCUGUACCCUUCCAAGGCCCAAAGAUCCAAGUAGGCCAAAGGCCUUCUCCCGGAGGAUGGAGGCCUCGGCUCCAGGCUGCUGUUGAAUAAAGAGCCUGCUGAUGUUC